GCGGGUUACUCCCACUCGCGCCAUACCAAUCACUCUUCACUCUUUUUCUGAGAGCUUCAAAGCCAUGGACCCACCAACCUUCUGAAAUUCUAUGCUCCGACGACAACCGCCAUGCCCAGAUAGCUACCUCAAAUUCCCUAAAAUCGCAUUCCCGAACCCAAAAAAAUGAGAUAUUUACGAUUCAUUUCCCCACAUUUUUCCUGCAUUAAAAAAACCCUAAACCCCCCAAAUCCUAUUCCCAUUUCGUCUCUCCAAUCGAAACCCCAGAUUUUCUCUCAUGUAGUGUGCAAUUACACCACCGCUGUACCGGAGCAGACGCCGCCGCCGCCGUCCGAAUCGGUAUCGGCGAUCGCGGACGAGAUCUCGGGCCUGACUUUGCUCGAAGUCUCGGACCUCACGGAGGUUCUGAGGGAGAAAUUGGGGGUGAAGGAGAUGCCGGGGAUGGUGAUGAUGAUGCCCGGGAUGGGAUUCGGCGGCUUGAGGGGGGCCGGAAAGGGCGGCGCGGCGGCGGCCAAAAGCGAGGAGAAGGCGGAGAAGUUGGUGUUUGAUGUAAAGCUCGAUUCUUUCGACGCUGCGGCGAAGAUCAAGGUGAUUAAGGAGGUGCGGACGUUUACGGAUUUGGGGCUGAAGGAGGCCAAGGACUUGGUGGAGAAGGCGCCUACGCUGUUGAAGAAGGGGGUUACGAAGGAGGAGGCCGAAUCGAUUGUUGCCAAGAUGAAGGAAGUUGGUGCCAAAGUUUCUAUGGAGUGAGGAGGAGAGAUGCUUGAAGAAGUUCAAGUUUCAGGUGGCAAGGAUUGUUAAAAUGUAGAGUAGCAAAAUAGUGAUUCAUCACAGUGGAAGUGCAGUUAACCGAGUCUAUUAGGAGAUCUUCAUGAUGAAAAGCAUUCGUUUUUUGAAAGGCAUUCAUCGAUACAGUUGCUUUGCUCAUCUUUCUUUGAGUAAGAAUAAUGUAUCUGCACAAGUUUUGUUUCGAUUUGUUACAUUCAGUCCUAUCUUCUACUUCAUUACGUUUACUUUACCAACUGUUGUAGACCUAGCAUUUUCGUAAAUUGAUUCACAAAGUUGAAUUUAUGAUA